UCUCUCCUUCCUUUUCUUGCGAAUCCGAGACUCCAAAGAGCCCUCACGAUUCAAGAUUCGGCAACUGUGCGUGCACACCCUCCUCCGCUCUUUCGCCAAUUCGAAAGAGACCCCCCUCGUCACCUCGCGCUCCCCACCUCGCGAUCUCCGCCCUUCUCCUUUUCUUGGUGGGGGGUGGUGCGUCCGAUCUCACGUGGGUCGCUCCUUUUUUCUUCCACUUCGCCUCGUAGCUUCUUGCUUUCUUCUGGGUAGUUGAGAAAGAUUGCUGGGUCGCUUGGAUUUCCCCCCCGUUUGUUUUGGUCUGGUUUCGCUGGGAGUUGUUAGGUGGGUGUACGAUGAAGAUAUCUUUUUACAUAAAUCCCGACUAGUUUCAGCUCUUUAGUUCGGUUCCUCGUGCACCCGUUGAGUUGUUUCUGCGUUUUGGUCACUUGGGUUUUGCGGAGUUUGAGACUUUGGUUAGUGUGGGAAACAGGGUCGUGGAUUUUGUGGAUUUCGAUGGCUGCAUCUGGGGAUGGUGCUGCUGGUGUUAAGGGCGUUGAGAAGCUGGUCUCUGCGAGGAAGUCAUUGAUGCUCAGCUUGGAGAAGUCGAAAGCCCUGACUUCGAAGCUGGAGAAGACGGGCCCGAGAUUGGCCGAGAUCAACCAGAGGUUGCCCUCUUUGGAGGCCGCAGUCCGGCCUAUCCGCGCAGAUAAAGACGCCCUCGGUGCUGUGGGUGGGCACAUUAACCGCGCAGUCGGCCCAGCCGCAGCGGUGCUCAAGGUUUUCGAUGCUGUGCAUGGCCUCGAAAGGAUGCUGUUGUCAGAUCCGCGCAACGAUUUACCCGGGUACCUGUCGGUGUUGAAGCGACUCGAGGAGGCAUUGAGAUUUUUGAGGGAUAAUUGUGGAUUGGCAAUCCAGUGGUUGGAGGAUAUAGUGGAGUAUUUGGAGGAUAAUACGGUGGCUGAUGAUAGGUACCUUUCGAAUCUGAAGAAAUCAUUGAGGAGUCUUAGGGAAUUGCAGAGCGAUGGUGGAAGAGCGCAUCUUGAUGGUGGGCUCCUCGAUGCAGCAUUGGAUAAAUUGGAAAGCGAGUUACGUCGGCUCUUGACAGAGCACAGUUCGCCCCUUCCAAUGUCUUCUACAUCAUCUCUUGGCGAACAAGCUUGCAUUGCACCGUCUCCAUUGCCAGUAGCUGUCAUUCAGAAGUUGCAAGCUAUUCUUGGGAGGUUGAUCGCAAAUAAGAGGCUUGAUAGGUGCAUAUCGAUAUACGUAGAAGUGCGCAGUUCCAAUGUUAGAGCAAGUUUGCAGGCUCUUGAUCUGGACUAUCUUGAAAUGUCAAUCUCAGAAUAUAAUGAUGUUCAGAGCAUAGAGGGGUAUAUUGCUCAGUGGGGGAAGCAUUUGGAAUUUGCAGUGAAGCAUUUGUUUGAGGCAGAAUAUAAACUCUGCAACGAUGUGUUUGAGAGACUUGGUAUGGAUGUUUGGAUGGGUUGCUUUGCGAAAAUAGCUGCCCAAGCGGGUAUUCUUGCGUUUCUUCAAUUUGGGAAGACUGUUACAGAGAGCAAGAAGGACCCAAUCAAACUUUUGAAAUUGUUGGAUAUAUUUGCAUCUUUGAACAAAUUGCGAUUGGAUUUUAACAGGCUCUUUGGGGGAGCAGCCUGUGCUGAGAUUCAGAAUCUGACCCGGGAUCUCAUUAAGAGGGUCAUUAACGGGGCAAGUGAGAUUUUCUGGGAACUUCUUGCUCAGGUAGAGAUUCAGAGGCAAACCCCACCUCCUCCUGAUGGAAAUGUACCGAGAUUGGUGAGCUUUGUGACUGAUUAUUGCAAUAGGCUGCUGGGAGACAAUUAUAAGCCUAUCCUGACUCAGGUCCUGGUCAUUCAUCGUAGUUGGAAUCGCGAGAAAUUCCAAGAGAGACUCCUUAUUACUGAGAUUCUCAAAAUUAUGAAAGCAGUAGAGCUGAAUUUGGAGACUUGGGUGAAGGCUUAUGAUGAUAGUAAUCUUGCCAACUUUUUUAUGAUUAAUAAUCACUGGCAUUUGUACAAGCACUUGAAAGGGACAAAGCUUGGUGAGCUCUUUGGAGAAUCUUCAUUAAAAGAACACGAACAGUACAAGGAAUACUACACCACGGUUUUCUUGAGAGAGAGCUGGGGACAGCUUCCUGGUCACUUAAGUAGAGAAGGCCUAAUUUUAUUCUCGGGGGGGCGUGCUACUGCUCGUGAUCUUGUGAAGAAAAGGCUGAAAAAUUUCAAUGAAGCUUUUGAUGCCAUGUAUUCAAAGCAGUCAAACUGGGUCAUGAUGGAGAAAGAUCUGAGGGAGAAGACAUCCCAGGCUAUAGUCCAAGUGGUUGUGCCUGUUUACAGGAGCUUUAUGCAACACUAUGGACCACUGGUUGAGAAAGACCAAAGUUCCAGUAAAUAUGCUAAAUAUACUGUGCAGAACUUGGAGAAAAUGCUGGGUUCUCUUUAUCAGCCAAAGCCAACUAGAUAUGGCAGUUUCAAAGGAAGGCAGCUUAGUGGAAAGUUUAACAAUGGGCUACAAGACCUUCGUCGCACUACUUCUGCUGUUAUGUAAUUGUCCCAUAUAUAUUUACUCCAUCAUGGUUAACCCGCAAGGGAACCAUGUUCCUAUAUAUUGACCCAGUUGGUUGGUAGUCGGUUAGCCUGUUGCCAUGUACAUAUCUCAAAAGAAUGGAGUGGUUCUGCAAUUUGAGUUGGAAGGUGGAAACAAGUUCAUUGAUUGCCUGAAACUCCACCUGGUGAUGAAGUUUUUAAGUUGCCCGAUAUUCUUACCUACUGUGCAGUCUGUUAUUCAAAGCUUGAAGAUCUGAGUGCUGAUGAUCUAAUUUGUGGAUCUAUAAGUUCCGCUAGAUCUCAAGAGGGUGCCUGCUUUCAAUGUCUCUCUUCUGAUUACUGUAUUUAUGGUUCUCUUGGAACAGUUUGGGCUCAUCUUUCCAGCAUUACCUUAGCAGGUUGAUGAUUCUUCUUUAAACGCAGUUUAUACUCAUCUUUUUUUUAUUUUUUGAGUUUGUUUUAGUCCCAGUUGAUGAGUUUUACGUACAGAAAAACUCUGUAAUGUUAAGUUGGAAAAAUAUUCGAGGGGAUGGCUCAUGAUGUUAAAUUAAUUCUCGCGUGUCGUGAUUCCUUCCCCCUUAUAAUGUAACUUUCUUUCUUUCUAACUUUCCUUGAUAUGCCAAUAGAUGUUUCAUUGCUAGUA